AUGUUUUUGCUUCAACCGAACUUUUUCGAUUCUCAUAUCGUCGAUGUAAUUAUCUCAUUGACAACAACUCCUGAACGAUUUCACUAUGAACUUCCUUUGGCAAUACAUUCAUUGUUAUGUCAAACAGAAUUACCAAAGCAAAUUCGAGUCUAUCUGUCGCCCACUUCUCUCAUAAAACAACAAGCGAACAUGACGUUAGCGCAAUUGAGGGGUUAUGUACAAAAUUUGGAUUCGUCAGAAACGAUGAUGAAAUUAUUCAAUGAUUUGGUUGAUAUUUGGCUAGAAGAGGAAGAUUUCGGUCCAGCGACAAAAUUUCUACCGAUACUCAAAGAAUUCAAAGGAAGAUCUCAACCAAUUCUGAUUUGUGAUGAUGAUCAAUACUAUCACCCGUAUACUGUAGCAACAUUGUAUCGCUAUUCAGCUCGAUAUCCAAAGAGUAUUCUCGGUUUUCGUGGAUGGCGAGUGCGUCAAGACCUGGUCUGGGGUGUCGGCGGUCCUUACGAAAUCGCCUAUCAUAUUAUAGAAUCAUUCUAUAUUUCACAAAUAUAUCGUGUUGGUGUCAUCACUGCCAAUCAUGCUUAUUUAAUUCGUCCGUCUUUCUUCGAUGAACACAUUUAUGAUGACUUCAACAAGGUCUCGAAUGACAUUCGACGCGUAGAUGAUAUUUGGAUAAAUGGUCAAGCAUCGACACGGAAUAUCAGCCGUUAUGUUGUACCAUCUUGUUGUUCUCAUGUAACUGUUACUCGAACUCAUGCUUUGGAAGAAUAUUUUGGACGUAAUCGAAUUGAUCGAUUAACUGCGAACAGUCAUGCAUUACGAUGGUUUGCUGAUAGUUGGGAGAAAGAUCUAUGGUAUAAGUUUGAUGGUGAAAAUGCGCCGAGAUAUCGGAAUUGGUUCGUGUUGAUCUACCGACAAUGGAUUUUUUUGUUACUGCAAUUAAAAUUUGCUAUGUAUUUUGGUUUCGUAUAA